AUGAAUGAAAAAAGCACAGAAUAUUAUAAAGUAAAUUCUAAAACAAAAAGUUAUGAAAUAGAAUUUUUUACUCCCAAAUCUAAUUUAUCUGUAGAAAGCUUAAAUAGAAAUAUUGCAUUUAAUAAUUUAUUUAACUAUGUUAAUAGAAACAUUACAAAUGAUAACUUCGAUAAAAAAACUCAUUUAAAGGAUAUUAUACAUAAUGAAAAAAAAAGAUAUAUUUUUGAAAAUGAAGAAUAUAAAGAAAAAGCACAAAGUAAGUUUAGUCAUAUAAAGGAAAAUAAAAAAAUAGAAGAAAAACUUUUUAAAAAAAAUGAUAUAGAAAAAAUUGAUAAAAAAGCCCAUAAUAUAAGAGGGAAUAAGAACUUAAAAAAAAGAACAUUUUCUGAAAGCAUAAACAUUUUAAGGUAUCUUAAAAAUUUUGAAAUGAAUCAGAAAGAAAACAAAAUGUACAAUAAUAAUUUAUAUGAUAAUUUUGAUAAAAAUACAUGUUCAGAAAUAACAACAUAUCAUAAGAGGGUUAGAAGCGAAAAUUAUGAGAAAAAAAUAUCUAAUGAAGAAAAAUUAGAAUAUAUUUAUAAAAGUAAUGAUAACGAAAAAUAUUAUGACUAUUUAGAAAUUAUAUAUUUAUAUUGUAAAAAAUAUUUUUUAUCAGAUAAAAUGGAAUUCUUUAGCAAUUAUUUAUUCUACAAAAAAAGUAUUUUAAAAAAUUUUAUUUUUUUAGUUGAUUCUUUAUUUUUAAAAAAAAAAUACGUUGAAUUAUUAAACUUAUUGAAGAAAUAUAAGCAUCUAUGGAUAUAUUCAUAUGAUAAUAAGCAUUCUAUAAAGAAAGUUAAUUUUUAUAAAAAUGAAAAAAAAAAAAAAAAAAAAAAUAUAAAUAAUAGUAUUUGUUUAUACAAAUAUAACAAUAGUAAUGACAUUGAUAAUAUUAUUAACACUAAUGAUGAUUCAUAUAGAGGUUCAGAAGAAAAAAAUAUAUUAAAAAAGGAAAAUAAUUAUAAAAAUAAAGAAAAAUAUUAUAAAUGUGAAAAUAAAGGAACAAAAGUGGAGAAUGCUAAUAGAGAAAUGUUAUAUAAUAAAAAAAAAAAAGUGUACUUUAUAAAAUUAAGAAAAUUGCUAAAAAAAGAUUAUACAAAAUAUAAAAGAAAAGAAUGUAAUAAAGUUUACUGUAUCAGCUAUCUAGCUUUUGUAAAAAUAUUAUCUUUAAUGAAAAUGAAAAACCAUAAUUGUCUGAAUAAAUGCUUAAAUUUUAUAAAUAAAAUAAAUAAAAAAAUUAUUUUAAAUAAAAAUGCUAAUUAUUUAAUGCAAAUAAUUAUUAAAUUAUAUGAAUUAAAGGGAUUAUAUAAUUAUUCCUUAAAAUAUUCUAUAUUAUUAUUUUUGAAAUAUCCUAUAUACCCUCAAAUUCUUCUUAAGUUAUUUAGUUUUUCUAUAUUAUGUUUAAAAGAUGAAAUUCAUUUAAUAUUAUUAGCUAGUUAUCCUAAAAAAUUAGCAUGGUUAAAAUAUUUUCUUUAUUUUAUUUUAUAUUCUGUUAAUUAUCAAUUUAAAAAUAAACAAACUUUUGACAAUUUUUUGUUUUUAAUUGAGAAUGUCAUAAAAAAAAAAAAAUAUAAUAAAAAUUGUGUUCAUAAUGAAUAUGAGAAUGAGUGUAGAGGAAAAUUAGAAAAAAAUAUUUCAAUAAAAAAUAGUAAAAAUACAAAAAAAAUUAAAAAAAAAGGUAAAGCUUUAAAGAAAAAAAUAGAAGAACUUAAUGAAGAAAAAAAUAAAUUACAAGAAAAUGAAAAGGACUAUCUAGGAAUAUCAAAAAUUUUAAACUGUUCAUAUGAAUAUUUUUUUGAUAAAAAAAAAGGAAAUACUAAUAUUUAUAUAUAUAAAAAAAUACUUUUAUAUAAUUCCAUAUAUAAUAAAGUAUCUUUAUAUGAUACUUAUGUAUACAUUACUAAAAAUAAAUUUUCAAGUUAUUUUCCCAAAUUUUUUUUAUAUUCUAAAUUACAUAUAAUAAUAAAUAUCAAAAGAAGUUUUUAUGAAAAGAAUUAUACGAUGUGUUAUAGUUUAAGUAAAUUAUUAUUAAAUGAUCAUAUAUAUGAUUGUUCUGUUAUAACUUUUUUUGUAAAUUCUGCAUAUUUAUUAAAUAAGAUUAGCUGUAUAAAACAGUUAGCAGAUGAAUUAAAAAAAAGUAAAAAAUAUAUUUUUUUUUUAUUUAGUAAUGCAGCAUUAUUAUUGCAUUUUAAGCAAGUAGAAAGAGCUAUUCAAAUAUAUAAAUAUAUUAUUGAUUCAUAUAAAAAUAUUUUUUCUGAUUUAUAUUUUUUUUCUUUAUUUAAUCUAAUAUAUGCAUUAGAACUAACUCAAAAAGCUCACCAAAUCAUUACUCUAUGUAAGAACUUGAAUAAUUUAUUUUUUCAUAAUAUUCAUUCAUAUAUAUUACUUUCAUAUUACUAUUAUGUAAACGACAUACCUUAUAAAUCAUAUUCUUCUCUUAUAAAAGCCUACAAUAUUUAUAAUUAUCACCCUGAUAUCUUUUAUAUUCUUUCUUUACUAUCAUUAAGAGCUAAAAAGUUUAAAGAAUAUGUUGCUUUUAGUGAAUUGGCUCUUUUUUUCAGUUUAAAAAAAAAAAUAAUUCGAAAUUAUAUUUUUACUAAAAUUUAUGAAAAUCAGCACAAAUACAUACCAUAUUAUUUGUUGUAUUACAAUUUAAAAAUAAUGAGUAACAAUGAGAUGAUAAAAAAUGUUACUUUUAAUUUAGAUAGAUAUCUAUGCUGUUUUUAUUUUGAUAAUUUAAUAAAAUCAUAUAUAAUUUUUUAUUUUUGUUCUUAUAAAAGGAAAUAUCUUAAUUAUCUUGUUUUGAGCGAAAAUUUAUGCAACAUUGCUCUAAGUUAUUUUUACAUUGACUUGAAAUUUCUACAUUUGUCACAAUACAUUCAAAAAAUUAAAAUAAAUGAGAAACAGAAGCAAUUAUCCCUUAAAAAUGUUCUUUCAAAUAUAGAAAUUACUACAAAAGAUUAA